AUUAUUUAUUCAUUUCAUUUUUUUUUCUUUUUUUUUCUAGUUAUAUAUAAGCACUUGGUUUUUUAUUUUGUGUGUGUGUGUGUGUUUGUGUUUGUGUUUUGUAAUCCUCAACAUCCUCAUCAGCCAAAAGAAAGGGAGGAAGAAGAAAAAAAAUAUCAAAAAGAACGUUUAUUAUCCUCUCUUUUUUCUUUCUUUCUUUCUUUCUUGUAUAUAGUAUGGACAACAAACAAAAGGAUAUCAUUGUUGGUGAACAAUGGUUAGUUUUAUCUAAAAUUGGCCAAGGAUCAUUUGGUGAGGUGUUUAAAGUGCAAGAUUUAAUAUCAAAGCAACUCUUUGCGAUUAAAAGAGAGCCUCUUGACCUUGAACAUCCACAAUUGUAUCAUGAACAUAAGAUCUACAGUGCAUUAAAACAUGGACCGGGUAUACCAACCUGUCAUUGGUAUGGUCAAUUCGACGGCUUUGAUUGUAUUGUGAUUGAUUUGCUUGGCACAAGUCUAAAGCAAUUUCAGGAAACAGUGUGCCAUAUACCACUUGAUGUUGUGAUUGACUUGGGCUGUCAAUUGAUUACUUGUCUGGAAUUUAUUCAUGAUAAAGGCAUAGUCUAUCGAGACAUGAAGCCUGAGAAUAUUCUGUUUUCUGCCUCUUGUCUUGUCCCAUCUUCUUAUUAUCAGCCACCUAUACAAAGCCCUCCUCCUUCACCCCCUUCUUGUCGUUCCAUUCUCAACAGCUGGGACAAGUCAAGUGUUUAUUUGGUUGAUUUUGGCCUUGCAAAUUAUUGGCGUCAUCCCAAGACCAAAAAGCCUUAUCCUGAAUGCAAAAAACCACUCAAGUACAAGACAGGCACAGCACGAUAUGCUUCUCUGAAUGUUCAUCGAGGUCGUACGCAUGCCAGACGAGAUGAUAUGGAAAGCCUGGGUUAUGUCUUGUUGGAUCUCUUGCUGGACGGCCAAUUGCCCUGGUCUGGCAUCACAGCUAAGACAUGCAAACAAGGUUGGGAUAGUCUGCUGAGAAUCAAGGAAGACAUGUCACUCCAUGAGAUGUGUUUAGGACUACCGCAAGGCAUUCUGCAUUUUAUUGAUUAUACCAGGCGACUUCGGUACAAUGAUCGACCUGACUAUGAUUACCUGAGGCGUGUGUUACGCGGAUGUCAUGAAUCAGGCCCAUUUUCAAAAAUCGUCAGUCAAAGGAAAAGAGAAAAUAGCCAUGAAUCUUACUUAAAAUCCCAAACAAAAGAACAAGAUGUGUUCAAGAUGGACGAUUUAGUCAGAGAAUUGCCGAAACAUAAGAGCUUUUAUUCUUCUACGACACCUCGUCGACAACGUUAUAGUUCUUCUUCUGUCCAUAAGAAAUAUUCAGGUUGGAAUGUACAUCAACAAUGGGAAAAAUGACAUGUUCGGGAAAUCUUUUCACACUUGUCCGGUUUGAACCGGAUAUCCAUUAGUCAAUGGUGGGAAAUUUUGCAUAUAUAUAAAUAUCA